UUGGCACGAUGGGGAUACAAGGAUUGCUGCAGUUCAUCAAAGACGCUUCGGAGCCCAUCCACGUGAGGAAGUACAAGGGCCAGGUGGUGGCCGUGGAUACGUAUUGCUGGCUUCACAAAGGUGCUAUCGCUUGUGCUGAAAAACUAGCCAAAGGCGAACCUACCGAUAAGUAUGUAGGAUUUUGCAUGAAAUUUGUAAAUAUGUUACUGUCUCAUGGGAUCAAGCCUAUUCUUGUGUUUGAUGGAUGUACUUUGCCUUCUAAAAAGGAAGUGGAGAAGUCCAGAAGAGAACGACGACAAGCCAACCUCCUUAAGGGCAAGCAGCUUCUUCGCGAGGGGAAGGUCUCGGAGGCCAGAGAAUGCUUCACCCGCUGCGUCAACAUCACACAUGCGAUGGCCCACAACGUCAUUAAAGCUGCUCGGGCUCAGGGGGUCGACUGUCUGGUGGCGCCGUACGAAGCAGACGCACAGCUGGCCUAUCUGAACAAAUCUGGUAUCGUACAGGCCAUCGUCACGGAGGACUCAGAUCUCCUCGCUUUCGGCUGUAAAAAGGUGAUUUUAAAAAUGGACCAGUUUGGAAAUGGACUGGAAAUUGACCAGGCUCGGCUGGGCAUGUGCAGACAGCUCGGGGAUGUGUUCACAGAGGAGAAGUUUCGGUACAUGUGCAUUCUUUCAGGCUGUGACUAUCUCUCCUCACUGCGCGGGAUUGGGUUAGCAAAGGCCUGCAAAGUGCUGAGGCUAGCCAAUAACCCCGACAUCGUAAAGGUUAUCAAGAAACUUGGACAUUACCUCAAGAUGAACAUAACAGUGCCAGAGGACUACAUCAAAGGCUUUAUUCGGGCCAACAACACCUUCCUCUACCAGCUCGUGUUCGAUCCCAUCAGAAGGAAGCUCGUCCCUCUGAAUGACUACGGGGAUGACAUCGACCCCGCAGCGCUGAGCUAUGCCGGGCGGUAUAUUGAUGAUUCGAUAGCUCUUCAAAUAGCACUUGGAAAUAAAGAUAUAAAUACUUUUGAACAGAUUGAUGACUACAGUCCAGACACUGCUACGCCUGCCCUGUCGAGAAGUCGUAGUUGGGAUGACAGUACAUCUCAAAAGCCGUCUAGUGUUCAUAGCAUUUGGCAUAGGAACUACUGCCCUAGACCUGAGCUGGCCCCUGUUCCAGGUGCUACAAGACUGAAGGAGAACCCAAGCACUGCGGGCAGGGAACAGGUGAUCAGCACCAAAGGGCUCAACCUGCCAAGGAAGCUGUCCACUGUGAAACGGCCAAGAAGCGAGGAGCUGUCAGAAGAUGAUCUGUUGAGUCAAUAUUCUCUUUCAUUUACAAAGAAGACCAAGAAAGAUGGCUGUGAAGGUAGUACAUCAUUGAACUCUUCCAAAAUGCUGAUGCCUGACCUGGUGGAUGGAACUACUAUUAAAAAAACCUUAAGCACACCACCUACGACAAGAAAUAAAUUUGUAGCAUUUUUGCAGAGAAAAAAUCAAGAAAGUGGUGCAGUUGUGGUUCCUGGGACCAGAAGCAGGUUUUUUUGCAAUUCUCUGGAUUCUAUGGACUGUGUAUCAAAGAAAGCAAGCCCCCAACCUCUAGAUGAAACUGCUGACACAGAUAAAAAGACCAAUCUCAAUGAAUCAGAUUAUUGUCUGGAAAACAAGAAGCUGGUUGACCUAAAUCAAUCAGAUUGCCUGGAGGGCGAGAAGCUGGUUGAGAGGAAUGGAGCACACACUCCGAGUGCUCAGACUCCAGAUGGUGCAACUGUGAUUGCUGAUGAAGAGUCUCCGUCUUUUAAGACCAUCAGGUUCACAAAGACCAUUUCACCACCCACUCUGGGGACACUGAGAAGCUGUUUUAGCUGGUCUGGAAGCCUUGGCGAUUUUUCAAGAACUCCGAGCCCCUCUCCGAGCACAGCGUUGCACCAGUUCCGGAGGAAGGGGGACUCGCCCAGCUCUCUGCCUGGGAGUACAGUGUCCGAUGUGUCUCAGGUCAAGGGCGAUGAGUCGGGUGAUGAAGCGCAUCCUGUACAUGAACUGAGUUGGUCCUCGCAGUCUCAGGAGAAUGCGGAAUUGUCCCCACACAGCUUAAGUGCAUCAACACUUCCUCAGCCUUCCAGGAAGGACUGCAGUCCAGAGGAAUCUGAUUGCAAUUUUAAGUCACUUGCUAAUCAAGGUAAUCAGAAACCCAAGCUACAUGUAUCUCACUUUUCAAAAAAAGACACGCUUCUAAGAAACAAGGUUCCUGGGCUGUAUAGAUCUAGUUCUCUGGACAGUCUCUCUACAACCAAGAUCAAAGCGCUAGUGCCUGCGAGAGUCAGUGGGCUGAGCAAGAGGCCAGCGAGAGUCCAGAAGAGGAAACAUCACAACGCCGAGAACAAGCCGGGACUGCAGACGAAGAUCAACGAGCUCUGGAAAAACUUUGGAUUUAAAAAGUGA